CUGCAAACGGAAAUAGUCGGUCUGAACUCAGCUGCCUAGCAAUGAGGAACACACGAGUGUGAAGACGUAGACCGUUCGCAUCGCUGAGACCGAUCCGGUGGACAUCACCAAUAUUUUAAAUCAGUACAAAAGAGCCGUUUAUUCUCUACAAGCCCGGCUGCUUACAUUUCCUUGCACCUCUUGGUAAAGCUCUACGCUUGCAAAUACUUUGUCUUAUCCUGUUAUUACACCUCUUAAUAGCACCCGAUGGGCUCGAUUUCACAGGCAUUCCUUAGUGGAAAUGUUCUCGAGCGGGAUCAUAUCCUCCAAGAAAUUCUUGAGCAUGUCGAAGAGUAUUCCGGAGAAUACGACAAGGUCGAUUACUCGGCCCUGAAGAACGACGUGUUAAAGCCUGUCAUCGCCGAGGAGUUCAACCCCGAGACUCAGAUUCGUGGAUUCCUCAAAGCCUUUCAGCAUACUCUAGUAUACAAGACGGCAUUCGCUAAGAUCCAGAGUCCAGAGCUGAAGGAUCAAAUCAGCGAUUUCAUAGAGGGCAAACAAGCGAAAGAGGUUGUCGGUGAUAAGGAAUUUCAUCUCGUGUCCCACAAGAGCCCCCCUGUCGUGCACCAUUUCUCGCUCCUAGAGGAGCUGAAGAAGCUAGUUAUCAAUGGACUGGAAUGGAAAGCUGCCGUCAAAGAUGUGUUUCAUCCCAAGCACAAGCACGUGAAGAGUCUUCCCAUCCUAUAUGAGGAUGCCGCAGAUACUAAAGUUGUUGAGUGCUAUAGUGAGGUACCCUUCGAGAAUUGGGGAACGACGGUACAGAACACGCCAAAAUACACUUUCUUGCCAACUACGGUCAAGGGUGUCCAGAAUAUCGUCCAAUUCGCCCUAAACAAUAAGUACAGAGUGCGAUGUGCGGGAUACAGGCAUAGCUGGUCUUCGGUAUUCUCCCAGGAUAACGAGAUCUUCCUGUCUUUCGUCAACAUCCAUACAGUCACGACGCUACCAGACCCCAUGUCUCUCAUUCCUGGAGAGUAUGAUCCUUCCACAGUGCCAGAGCUGAAGACAAUUGAACUAAAGGAGGAAACCGUUCCGGGAAAGAAGAGACUGUGUCGGAUUGGAGUGGCAGUCACCAAUGAGGAAUUUAGACGCUGGGCUGUUGCUGGGAAAGCUUGGUCACUUCCAGUCGACGUUAUUCUUGUCGAGGUAACCAUCGGAGGCGUGAAUGGACCCAUAUGCCACGGAGCAGGUAUCUCUCACAAGACACUUUCGGACUAUGUCCGUCGGAUCGAGUAUGUCGACUGCAAUAGCAAGCUGCAGGUUGUGGACGAUCCAUAUCUCAUUAAAGCUGCGGCUGGAGCGCUUGGUUUGCUCGGGGUCGUGACACAUAUCACUUUCGAACUGGACGCAAUGACUUACGCGGUAAUGAAACCCGUAAAAGAGGAUGUUGGUCUGGGCAUCCCACCUAUCGCAAAGGAAGAAAUUCCAGUGGCACUGAGGUCUAACUGGUACAACUCACCAGACGCAUCCGAGCAAAUUGCAAAGGCUACGGCAGAGUUUGAGCAGCGUGCCGCCAAUGACUACUAUAGCGAAUGGUUCUGGUUCGCUUAUCAGAAGAAAAUCUGGACGAACACCUUCAACACUACCGCCGAUCCCACGGGAGCAAUCCACUAUCCUAACUCGGCCAAUGUCUUUCUCCAAUGGGUCCAAGGCUGGUUGGGUGGUGUUAUUACUUCAGUUCCCUUCUUCAACGCCAUCCCUGGCUACUGGCAAGCGCAGCUGAUUGCGACAAUGGGAAUGGCAGCCCUCCCGCCAACCCUCAGUGAGAACGCUACCCCGACCUACAAGACGCUGCUCCCCGAUGCCUUGCAUUUCCGUCGUGGUGUGCAGAAUAUGAGAGUUAGAGAUAUCGAACUCCAGCUUCCGCUGCCAUCAAGGAAGGAUGACCCAACAAAGGCAGACUUCAGCAUUGUCCAACGUGCUUGGUGGGAUGUUAUCAAUCUUGUCUACCAAGCCGCUGAUACUAAGGGCGACCCUUCAUCACCCAUGCGUCUGGCCUUGGAGAUGCGUCUCAUGAGCAGCAGCGACAUCCUUAUGGCCCCUCAGAAGGACAACAACCUCGGCACGCUGUCCAUUGAGAUACUCACCCUUCCUGAUGCUGUUGCGGACGGUGAGUGGGCUGGGUUUGCCCAGAAGGUUAUUGACAAGUGGAUGAGCUAUGGCGGUAACGUUAGGCCGCAUUGGGCUAAAGAGUGGGAGAGGUUCUCAUUCAAGGGCCAGGAGUCGUGGAGGUAUUUGAAAGAAGUAGCAUACAAGGAUCAGAUUCCUGAGUUCAAGAAUGCUCUGGAGGAGAUUGGAAAGCAACAUGGGUGGACGCUGGCGCAAUUGAAGAACAGGUAUUCGAAUGAGCUAUGGGACAAAAUGAUUUUCGAGUGAAUCACUAAGGGGGGCGAUUUAUUGGUGCUGGUACAGGACGGAAAAUAAUAGGGUCUAGUUCGAGGUGAAAAUGUCCAUCUCUUUAGCUCCUUUCAUUCUAGCAAGUAGAUUGACAAACCGAAUUCUCCUUGUC